CAUUGUUUACAUCGAAGAGACUGGAGAUUUGGCUUAGAGCACGAAUGUGCCGCUGAAGUAGCUGGAAUCGAGUGCUUUGUUACGCGAACCGAAGCUAAAAACCACAUUGCAUGCGUUUUUGUGCGUAAAACGAAGCCUCGCUAUACGCUUCUAUUUUCGCAUCCAAACGGCAGCGAUAUCUCGGAUCAUCUCAUUGGACUUCCGAAUUUACAUGAUGCUGCAAGAUUUUUGAACUGCAACGUAUGCUCGUAUGAUUAUAGCGGCUAUGGCAUAAGUGAUGGAACUCCCAGCGAAAAGAACCUUUACUCGGACAUUUGUGCUGUCUACAAAAUCCAAUUUACAUUCAAGCAUAGCAACACUCCGCAGCUUAUCACUAGCCUUAUUGUCAUCACAAUUUACUCACCCAACCAACUGCACGACUUAAUGAGUAUCUGCAAUGACUAUUCGUCCUGCACUGUCUAA